AAGGAGAUCGAGGAGGAGGAAGAGCAGCAGCAGCAGCAGCAGCAAUGGUUCUCAAGACUGAGCUUUGCCGUUUUAGUGGUGCAAAGAUCUAUCCCGGGAAAGGCAUCAGAUUUGUUCGUGGUGAUUCUCAGGUCUUCCUCUUUGCCAACUCAAAAUGCAAAAGGUAUUUCCACAACCGGUUGAAGCCAUCAAAGCUCACAUGGACUGCCAUGUAUAGGAAGCAACACAAGAAGGAUAUUGCUCAAGAAGCUGUGAAGAAGAGGCGUCGAACUACCAAGAGGCCUUACUCUAGGUCCAUUGUUGGGGCUACCUUGGAAGUUAUUCAGAAAAGAAGAACUGAGAAGCCAGAGGUUCGGGAUGCUGCUAGAGAAGCUGCUCUUCGUGAAAUUAAAGAGAGGGUCAAGAAAACGAAGGAUGAGAAGAGAGCUAAGAAGGCAGAAGUUCAGGCUAAGUUACAGAAAUCACAAGGCAAAAGCAAUGUCUCCAAGGCUGCUGCUCCCAAAGGCCCCAAGCUUGGUGGUGGAGGUGGCAAGCGCUGAGAUUUUAGUUUUCUUCCUUUUGGGCCUAGCACUUAAAUAGAGUUGAUAUGUUCCUAUUGUACUGAUAUUUUAUUUGGUUGAUUAUCAAAACUUGGGUUUGGAGCUUAGAGUACCUAGCUAAUGGAUUUUGCCGGCAGAGCUAGUUUUAAUUUUAUACAAAUUAUCUUCAGCGUUUUUUG